AUGGCUUCCCCAAAAAACCAAACAAGUAAUCCUCUCAACGUUCAAGAAGAACAGAAUGCACACAUGAUGAACUUCUCCAAUUCCCCGCCAUCCCAAUCAUCAGCUACAGCAGCUUCUUCUCCAACUGAGAGAAGAGGUAGAAGAAAAGCAACAGAACCAGGAAGGUUCCUAGGAGUAAGAAGAAGACCAUGGGGAAGAUAUGCAGCAGAGAUAAGAGACCCUACAACAAAAGAAAGGCACUGGCUAGGCACAUUUGACACAGCCCAUGAGGCAGCUUUAGCUUAUGAUAGAGCUGCUCUGUCAAUGAAAGGUACCCAAGCUAAAACAAACUUCAUUUACCCUGAUCACAACUCUUCCUUCCACCCUUUCCUCAACCCAGUUUUCCACUCUCAAACCCUAACCCUAGCUGCAGCACCACCACCUACUCCAUUCCCACAGUUAGAAAACCAAAUCAAUGACUUCACUCAAUUCAACCAGCCUACUGCAGCUUUUGAUCAGUUUCAACCAAGUGAGUUGUUUGGUUUUAGUAGUGAUACUAGAUCAGGUGAGUUGAGCAGUAUAAUACCAGAGAGUUGUUUGAACUCAAACUCAAGUAAUAGUUCAGCUGCUUCAAAGCAAGUUGAUGAUGUUAGUAUCGCAAAGAGCUAUGGAACUAAUGGAGAUGAGAAUGUAAUUGAUGAAAUGGGAGGUGGGAUUUGGUUGGAUGAGCCAUUAUGGGAGUUUGGAGCUUGUAGCUUUCCAACUUGCUUUGAUGGGAAUAUGGGAGAUUAUAGCAGUUCUUCAUGGAUGUAG